AUGGAUUCUGAAAAUAACUUCGGGCCUCAUAGUGUAGGCGUUUUCGACUUUACCAUUCUCUUUGAGCAGAGCAUCUUGUCGCUUCUACCUACUGCAUUGUUUCUGCUACUUGUGCCAUUUAGACUGUUUAUAUUGAGGAACAAUGAGAAGGCUGUCGUACUUGGGACUUUAUUAUGGCUAAAAUUGGCCACGGCUACCUGUUAUGUAUGCCUGCAGGUCACUCUGAUUGUGCUGUGGUCUCGAGAACGCUCGACAAAGAUGGCCAUAGCGGAACCAGUCUUGGGAUUUAUCGAAUCGAUAGCCCUCAUUACACUGAUAUUUUUUGAACACAAAAACUCCAGGAAGCCUUCCAAGAUAAUUGGGGGAUACCUUGCCGUUACUGUUAUUCUCGAUAUUGCUUUGGUACGCACCUUUUGGAUACGGUCGAUUUGGGCUAUUGCGGCCGUGUUCACUUGCUCCCUCGCACUCAAAUCAACUCUUCUGAUAUUAGAAGAAUGGCCCAAACUCUUAUUGCGAGAGCAAGACAAGAUACGAGAAACCUCUUCAGGUGUCAUCAACAGAAGUUUCUUCUGGUGGCUAAACAGUCUCUUCCUUCAAGGGCAUCAUGGCAUUCUCGAAACUGAAGAUUUGCAAAACAUUGACCCGAAAUUUGAUACAGAUCAUGUGUUGAGACCGCUGGAAGAACGAUGGUUACGAGACCCAAAGAACAGUCAGUUCAGCCUUUUGAAGUGCACAUUUCUCGCCUACAAAUGGCAGUUCGCAGCAGGCAUCCUCCCUCGACUUCUCCACAGUGGCUUCAACUUUGCGCAACCAUUUCUUAUACAAUCCGUCAUUAUAUUUGUUGCCCGUAAGGAAAUGUCUGUCGAGAUUUCCAGUGGCCUUAUCGGAGCGACUGUGCUUAUUUAUCUGGGCCUCGCAAUAUCUGGAGCGUGGCACAAGCAUCUGUCAUUUCAGAUGGUCACCAUGUACAGAGGUGGACUGAUCUCGAUGAUGUUCAAGAAGACCCUGAGACUCAAAACAUCAUCCAUCAAAGAUUCCGCACAAGUCACGCUCAUGACAACAGACGUCGAAACAAUUGUGGCUGCCGGAGCGUCAGUCCAUGACAUGUGGGCCAAUAUGCUUGAGCUUCCAAUUGGUAUCUAUCUACUGCACCGUCAGAUAGGUAACCCUAGUCUUCUUGUGCUGGUUCCUACAAUCAUUACCACCAUUCUGAGCGGAAUCAUCUCGAUAUCAAUGGAGCCAGCGACAGUGCGUUGGAACGCUAUGGUCCAAAAGCGUGUGGGCGAAACAUCAAGCAUGCUAGACCAGAUCAAAGGCAUUAAGAUGAUGGGCUUGACCGAUUUCUAUUUUCAAACAGUACAGAGUCUGAGGGUGAAGGAGUUGAAGAUCUCUGCAAAACUUCGAUGGCUACUUGUGCACUUUAUCACACUUGCCACGGUAUCUGCGCAAGUAACACCAGUCGUUGUGAUACUCUCAGCAAUCUACUGGUCCAAGUCGGACGGAGGACUAAGCGUCGCCGAGGCUUUUACGUCAUUGUCCUUGGUAUCACUCGUCGCGCAACCGCUUAUCUCAGUCCUGGUGUCGUUGAUGCAGAUUGCUGGGGUUUUGGCAGGGUGUGGCAGGAUCCAGACAUUUCUGUUACUCAAGGAGCAAGAUGUCAUGACAGCAGAGGUACCUGGAAACGGUCUGGCCGUGGUCAUCGAUAAUGCAAGUUUUUCCACAGACGAAGGAAACGCUCUUCUUACCGAUGUUAACAUGCGUGUUGUUCAUGGAACCAUCAAUAUGAUCGUUGGCAAAGUCGGAGGCGGCAAGUCUUCUCUCCUCAAAGCCAUCAUCGGCGAGAACAUACCCUCACAAGGGAUCGUCGAAAGAGAUGGUUCAGUCGCCUAUUGUGAUCAAGUGCCAUGGCUGCGAAAUACAACAAUCAGCAAAAACAUCGUUGGGCAGUCACAGGUUGACGAGAAAUGGCUUGCGACAGUCAUACGGUCAUGUGCACUUGAAGAGGACCUGGCGCAAUUGCCACAGGGCCAAGAGACUAUUGUUGGAUCCAGAGGAGUGGCUUUGAGUGGUGGGCAGAAGCAGCGAGUUGCUCUCGCUCGUGCUGUUUACUCCCAAAGUGAUCUCAUUGUUCUUGACGAUGUCUUCAGCAGUCUUGACCAAACAACAUCUGACACAGUCUUUGAUCGACUUCUGGGAGCAGAUGGGUUGCUUCGUACAAGGACUGUCAUUCUUGCAACCAGUAACGCCCGUUUUCUUUCCUCGGCCGAUUAUAUCACAGUUGUUGAGGAGGGUCGCCUUACUCGCAAUCAAAUGACAUACUCUGAUCUCGAACUUGCGGAAACGCUCAGAGCCAUUACACCAACCCAACCCACCGAGAUCGUUCAGAAGGACAUUGCCACGGCUACCCCAACACAAGAGAUUGACCUGUCACGAAAGACUGGCGAUACAGAAUGCUACCGGAUUUAUGUUCGCUCAAUGGGCUGGAAAGUUAUCGGCUUUGUGUUUCCUGCCGCUAUAACGGGUGCGGUCCUGGAAGCCAUGCCUCAGAUCUGGCUACGAAUCUGGACAGAGAAGGGCGACGGGUCGAAGGAUGCCAGAUAUGUAGGUGGUUACGUGGGACUUGUUGUUGCCUCUAUGCUUAUGGCUCUUCUCAACAUCGGUUACUUCCUCAUUGAGGGCGUUGAGAGAUCUUCCAACAACCUUCACGAGCAGCUCUUGAAAGCGGUUUGCCGAGCACCAUUGCAUUUCUUUACAACAACCGAAAAUGGUAGCAUUUUGAAUCGCUUCAGCCAAGAUAUGUCGCUCAUUGAUAUGUCAUUACCAUUGGCGUUCUAUCUCACGCUGGACUUGACGCUACGCGGUUUGGUCCAAACAGGAGUUGUUGCAUCAGGUGCAAGUUAUUUUGGGGCCUUUCUCCCAAUUUCCUUCCUUGCUCUUUAUCUCAUCCAGAAAUACUAUCUGCGUACCUCGAGACAAAUGCGUCUUCUCGAUCUUGAAGCAAAGACGCCACUCUACACGCAAUUCAUUGAAAUCACGGCAGGAUUGUCGACUGUCCGCUCUUUUGGAUGGACAGGGGAACUUUUAAACGAGAGUUUCAAGCUACUCAACACAUCACAGAAACCAUUUUAUCUAAUGUUCUGCAUACAAAGAUGGCUCGAGCUGGUACUUGAUCUCUUCGUUGCUGGCAUGGCAAUGUUGCUGGUUACAAUUGCGCUACGGAUCCCGGGAACCACCAGCGAAGGAGCAAUAGGACUCUCCAUGGUCAAUUUGCUCGGCCUCAACCUCACUCUAACAACUGUGAUUGACCAAUGGACGACUUUGGAGACGUCCUUAGGAGCUAUCGCCAGGCUCAAAGCGUUCAUUGGCAGCACACCAAACGAGAACAAGGACGCUGAAAAAGAAAUGCCAGAUGACUGGCCAGCCGGCAAGAUUGAGAUUGAGGGAAUCACAGCUUCAUACAGUGACCAGUCGCAACCAGUCCUACAUGAUAUAUCUCUGGUUCUCGAACCAGGACAAAAGGUCUGCCUUUGCGGCCGCUCUGCAAGUGGCAAAUCUUCCCUCAUCCUCUCAAUCUUACGGCUUCUCGAACUCCAGACCGGAACCAUUCGCAUCGAUGGCAAGGAUCUUACGACGAUAUCACGCCAAUACAUUAGAUCGCAAAUCACAACUAUACCUCAAGAUCCGGUCAACAUUUCAGGUACCAUCCGGCAGAACAUGGAUCCUGAAGAGCUGGUUCAGGCGGAUGAGAUGCUCAUCGCGGCUUUGAAAAAGACGAACCUUUGGUCUAUCAUUGAAACCCGUGGAGGGUUGGACGCCGAUAUCUCGGCACUUGGCUUUUCAGUCGGACAGCUUCAACUGUUCUGUCUUGCAAGAGCGUUACUCUCACACUCCAACAUUAUUCUUCUUGAUGAACCAUCAAGCAGUGUGGAUGACGCCACGACCAAGGAAGUGCGCCAAAUCAUCCAGCAAGUUAUGCACGGCCGAACAAUUAUCGAAGUUGCGCAUCGACUUGAUCAUGUCACAGACUUUGACAUCGUGGUCGUGAUGGAAAAUGGCAGAAUAAUUGAAACCGGUGAUCCAAGAGAUUUACUGACUCGAGAUUCUGCCUUGAAAGCGUUGCAUGGGUAG